GGGGUGACAUAUAUUAUGCUGACUCAAUUUAAAAUGUUUAUGUGUUAAUGUGAAGUUUGAUAUUUUGCAUAUCAAAACUUGAGAAAAUAAAUGGCCACGUUAAUGCACUGAACUAAUUAUUUUCCGGGGUGUAUGAUUAUAGCAGUAAUUGAGCUAAUUCCAUCAACAAAGCCAACUAAUGCGAUUAAGUGAAACAGUCCUCGUUGUUUGGCCAUGUGAUUUCAUUUUCUAAUAAAUAUGCCAAAGAUGACAAGAUUGAAUCUCCUGGAGAUGGACGCUUAAUCAAUUAGCUCCCAUGAAUAGGCAGUAGGUGUCCCACGGUGCCAAGAAUUUUUUUAAUAACGACAGGAAUUUACCUAAAGGAAAUUAUGGAAAUAAGCAGAAAAUAUGCAGAGGGCCUCUUAUUAAUCCUCAUUAGUUUGGAGCAGGACUAUAUUUAGCCAAGAGUUAAGGGGGCUUCAUAAGAAGUCAGUUAAUAGGUUUCACGUGGGCUUGUCCUCGUCACCGCUUCUCUGGCUUUGUUUUGCAUUUUUCUUCAAAGAUCAGUCAUCAAUCAAUCAUCAGUAAGCAUUGAAUGUGUAGCCCAGGGGUUGACCUUUUGAUCUCAUUUGACUUGUGUAUCCCCCCCCCCCCCUCCUUGUUUUCUGUCUCUUUUCUGUCCAUAGUAAAUGUUAUGCGCUGUUCAGUGUGCCACCAGGACUACAAACAGAGCGACAUCAUUGACAACUACUUUGUCAAAGAUACCACAGAAGCCACCAAUGCGUCUGAUGAAAAGGCCACACAGGUAUGCACAAGCUGCGAGGACAACGCAGGAACCAUAGGCUUUUGUGUGGAGUGCGGAGAAUGGCUGUGUAAGACCUGCGUGGAGGCGCACCAGAGGGUCAAAAUAACCAAGGACCACAAGAUCCACACGAAGGAGGAUGCUGACGCGGCCUCCGAGUCUGUCGGUACGUCAGGACAGAGGCCUGUUUUCUGUCCCAUCCACAAGCAGGAGCCACUGAAGCUGUUCUGUGAGACCUGUGACACCUUGACCUGUAGGGACUGCCAGCUGCUGGAGCACAAGGAGCACAGGUACCAGUUCCUAGAGGAGGCUUUCCAGAACCAGAAAGGCAUCAUUGAGACCAGCGUGGCCAAACUACAGGAAAAGAAGAACUAUGUCCAUUACUCUGUCUCUCAGGUGCAAAGCAGGUUAAAAGAGCUGAAUGACACACACAAGAAGGUGGAGCACGAGAUCAAAAUCGCAGUAUUUACUCUUAUUAAUGAGAUCAACAAGAAGGGCAAGUCCCUUCUGCAGCAGUUGGAGAGUGUGACCAAAGAGCGCAGUAUAAGGCUCGUGUCUCAGCAUAAGGACACCACCCAGCUGGCCCAACAGAUCCACCAUGUGCUCAGCUUCUGCCAAUGGGCCGUCACUUCUAGCAGCAGCACGGCGCUGCUCUACAGCAAGAGGCUGAUUCUGUUCCAGCUUCGCCAGCUCUUCAAGGCUAGACUGGAGCCAGCGCCCCAGGCCAACGGAGUUGUACGCUUCUUCUGUGACCCCACCUUCUGGGCCAAAAACGUAGUGAAUCUAGGUAAUUUGGUUAUCGAGAAGCCACCUCCGCCUGUGCAACAGCCCAGCGUGAUGUUAGGAGGACCACCCAUUUCUCCAGGCCAAGGUCAUCAUAGCAAGCAAGCAGGACAGAUCAACCUGGCCCAGCUCCGGCUGCAGCACAUGCAGCAGGCGGCCUAUGCACAGCAGAAGCACCAGCACCAGCAUCAUCAACAACAACAGCAGCAGCAACAACAACAGCAACAGCAGCAGCAGCAGCAACAACAACAACAGCAGCAGCAGCACCAGCAGCAGAUCCAGCAACAGAUGCGCAUCGCCUCCCAAAUGUCCCAGCAGCACGCCAGACAGGCCGGGCAACCCAUGGGUCAGCAGCCGCCUCCAAGGCUCAUCAGUAUGCAGCAGCUACCAAGAGGGCCCGGGGGUAUGAAUGGUGUGCCAGGCCCCCCCAUGUACCCGUCCUCCCACCAUAUGCGUCUCCCGGGUCCACCGCAGGGCCGAAUGCCCACGGCUCAGCCGAGACUUAAUGGGCAGCAGUAUCCUACCAUGAUGCAGCCUCAGCUACAGAGACAGGUCAGUGCAAACACACUCUGCUUUCACUGGAUACACGGGUGAAAUUUGGGCUGUUUACAACGUACUUUGAAUGUUUGGAUUUAUAUAUAUAUAUGAUUUAGUUUUUUUUGUCUAACUCAGCUGUUGCUGUAAAU